UUUUGCGCCAAAUGUAACACAGGAAAUUGGCGUCUGUCCUCUCAGACGAAAAUUGGAGAUGUUGCGCGGCGCAGCAGAUGCUCCUGUGCGGUUCUCCACGAGACAAGCGGGAGAAACUGGCGGCUCCUGAGAGCAUAUUACCCGCACGUUAGCAUACUCACCUCUGCACAGCCGGCAUUGCGGCCGUUGGCACCCGCUGCAGCUGUACGCGAGUUGUUUGUGUCAUACAUCGACCGUUGCAGGCGGUGCGCGCAUUGAAAGUCAGCGCUAAUCCACUCAUAAGAGCAAGGAGGCUGUCGGACAUACGCUGUCGAGCAAGAUGCAAGCCAGCGACCAGGUCUUUCUCAGCUCGGACGGCCGCAGCUGGACGGCGCGGAUCACCGUCGAAGGCUGCUCGAGCGAGGUCGAGGCGCUGGCCGCCGUCGCGCGCGCCACGCGCGCCGCGCUGGGAAAUGCUGCAGACGACGAGGCGGACGCGGGGCGGCGGCGCAAGAAGCGGCCGAAGCAGGACGUGGGCCCUCUACCCGACGACGCGGCAAAUUUACUGCGCGAGUACUGCCGCCGCGAGAACAAGGACGUCGCCUUCGCCGAGGAUGGCACGGGACCCUUCGUUUCCAGCGUGACUGUCAACGGUACGACGCAUUCCGGCGAGGCGCGCGCGUCUAAGAAGGCGGCGCGAGAAAGCGCCGCCGACGCGUUCUUCCAGGCGCUCGUUUCCGUGGACCAGAACUCGCAGCACGUCGUCGUGCAGCGGUGGCGCGAGCGCUGCUCGACGGACGUGGUGGACAUGAUCGGCCGCCUCGGGUCGUCGACCGACGUGCCGUGGCGCCGCCCGGUGGCGCGCGGCGUUGAAAUCACGCCAUCGACGCGUACCUGACUCACUUGUUGAUCUUCACACAGGGUGCGUCGGAGAAGGACAAGUUCGUCGCGAUCCGCGACCACCUCAAGCGCCAGCGCGAGCGGUGCGAGACCGACGUUGCUUCGCAACCGAUCGCCGUGGCGGGCGCGACCUCGUCGUAUCCGGUCGCGGACCUCUCGGCGACGGAGUGCCGAGCGGUCCUCGCGCGCCACGCGACGGCGAGGUUCGCCGACGUCCUGGACCGCGUCCACGGCAUCGUCGUGCGCCGCAACGCGAACGGCCUCUGCAUGUGUGUCGCGGUGGACAGGCGCGGCGACGACGUGCUCGACAAGUUCUCGCUGAAUCAGCUCAAGUGGCGGGAGGAUCAGACCGCGAUGGACGUGUAAGUUUGUUGAUUUGUUGC